AUGGGCUCUGAGGAGCACGCUGCCAUCAUGUCCCAGAAGAUCUCCUCUGUGUCUCGCAGCAACAGCAGCUCAUCCUCCAAACACGACAGCCGCCAGGACAGCUGGGAGAUUGUGGAUGGUCUCAGAGGAGGCUACAGCUGCGUCCAGGAGCCCCAAAGACAAGAGGGCUUCCUGCUCAAGAGGAGGAAGUGGCCCCUGAAGGGAUGGCACAAGAGAUACUUUUCACUGGACAAGGGCAUUCUGAAAUAUGGAAAGUGCAGCGCUGAUAUCGAGAAGGGAAAAGUCCACGGCUGUAUUGAUGUGGGCCUGUCGGUUAUGGCUAUUAAGAAGAAAGCCAAGUGCAUCGAUCUGGACGCGGAGGAAAACAUCUAUCACCUUAAGAUUAAGUCCCAGGAGCUGUUUGACGAAUGGGUCUCCAAGCUGCGGCACCAUCGAGUGUAUCGACAGAACGAGAUUGCCCUGUACCCAAAUGAGAAGGCUUUUUUCUCCCCGCUCUUCCCCUCCCCCAGCUCCGCCACCGCCAGUGAGAGUGCCUCCAUCAGGAAGUGCUUGUCCCUCCGCAGACAGUCGUCGGUGCACUCUCCCGGAGCCUUCCCCCUCGGGUGCACCAGCCAGGCCAAAGUCGCCGCUUGGCUCCAGUCCUCUGACGACAUGGACAAGUGUUCCAAAGAUAUCGGUGUGUGUAAAGCCCACCUGCUGGAGCUCACCCACCUGCUGGAGAGCAUGGAGGUCCUUCACCGCACCUACUCUGCCCCAUCCAUACAGGCUCUGCAGGCGUGUACAUUUGAAAGCCCCAAAAAAGAAAAGAGACUACAAAGAAAAUGGCGGCCGAAAACCUUCAGCAAAGACGCCAAAGCAACUUUACAGGUCCCGAGCUGCAUCUCCUCCGGCUCCAUCCGUCUUCAUGCUUCCAACCCAAACCUCUCCACUGCUGCUCUGAACAGCGACAAGAGUGAUCCAGAGUGUCUGGACUGUCCCGUGGAUGUGGCCAAGCUCCAAGAGGACUUCUGUCGCGUAGCUACCAACUUACACUCCACUAUGAAAAGUGCUCUAACGACGCUGACGUCAGAACGAGAGCGAUUGAGACAAAGUGUGGAGCUGGAGCCGUGUCCUCCUACGUCUCCUCAGGUGGUGGGCCUGAAGAACGCACUAUCCACAGCUCUGGCCCAGAACAGCGAGCUGCGGGAGCGUCUGUCCAAGAUCCACGCUGAGUCACACAUUAUGGAGCCCACUAUUAUCAAUAUUACUGCCCCUGUGCAGAAACAGGAGUCUGCAGACGACUCCCAUCCUCUCGUGCACCAGGUUUCAAACGAGAGCCGCGCCUCCAUCGCUGAGUCUUUGUCUGAGUUCUUCGACGCCCACGAGGUCUUGCUGUCGGCGAGUUCCUCAGAAAACGAGGUGUCGGAGGACGACUCUUACAUCAGCGACAUCAGCGACAAUAUUUCCAUGGACAAUUUCAGUAACGAAACCGAAUGUGAAAGACCGUGUUCAGGAGGGAAUGUGGUGUCCCAGCGGAGGUCGUGUCUGCCCUGUCCCAGCCCCAACAGCAGCACCGUGAGCCUGUGGAACAUCCUGAGGAACAACAUCGGUAAAGACUUGUCCAAAGUGGCCAUGCCGGUGCAGCUGAACGAGCCUCUCAACACCCUGCAGCGACUGUGUGAGGAGCUGGAGUACAGUGAGCUGCUGGAGACGGCGGCCAGCACCCAGGACCCCUUCCUACGCAUGGUCUACAUAGCCACGUUCGUCGUCUCGGGUUACGCGUCCAGCUACUACCGCACCGGAGGAAAGCCUUUUAACCCUGUCCUUGGAGAGACGUACGAAUGCGAUCGGCCCGACAAAGGCUUCCGCUUCCUGGCUGAACAAGUCAGUCACCAUCCUCCUAUAUCUGCCUGUCACGCUGAGUCUAAAAACUACAACUUCUGGCAAGAUAUAAGGUGCAAGAACAAGUUUUGGGGGAAGUCUAUGGAGAUAGUUCCCAUUGGCACGACUCAUGUCACUCUGCCAGGGUUUGGAGAUCACUAUGAAUGGAACAAGGUGACGUCCUGUGUGCACAACAUACUGAGUGGUCAGCGCUGGAUCGAGCACUACGGAGAGAUCACCAUCAGAAACACCAGCAGUGACCAGUGCCAGUGCAAGAUCACGUUUGUCAAGGCAAAAUACUGGAACUCAAGUGUGAACGAAGUUGAGGGAGCCGUAACGGAUCAAAAGGGGAAAGUGGUCCACAGCCUUUUUGGGAAGUGGCACGAGGCGGUGUACUGCGGAGACCCCCCCUCUGCCACCUGCGUCUGGAGAGCAAGUGCCAUUCCCACAGACUUCGAGAAAUACUACGGCUUUACCAAAUUCGCCAUCGAGCUGAACGAGCUGCACCCAUCGUUAAAACUGCUGCUUCCUCCGACAGACACCAGACUGCGAGUGGACCAAAGGCUGCUGGAGGAGGGCCGACUGGAGGAGGCGGAGGAGGAGAAGCAGAGGAUUGAAGACCUGCAGAGACAGCGACGUAGAACCCUGGAGGACAGCGGGCAGGCACACCAGCCCCAGUUCUUUAGGUCUGAAAUCAUUUUGUGUUUUUAG